UUUUCGCUUCUUUUCCACGAUAUAACAAAAACAGAAAAAAGGAAAUUUCUGGUUCUUCUGCGUCAAACAAGUCCUGCCCAACGGGGUGCUUCAUUUGCAACUCGACGUGAAUCGCGCGACUAAAAGCUAGUCAGCGGGAUCAAAGCAGCCUGAUUACUGAUUCGCCAGAAAAGCCAGGUGCUAUACUGAAUUUGGCCUGAAUUUCUUUUUUCUGUCUGCUUGAUAAUUGAGAUUCGAUAUAGAACCCUAACCUUGCGGAUGAGGAAGAAUAAAAAAUUCGUACCUUGCCAUCCAAGUCGGAAUUCGAAGAGAAUUCUGGCAAGGGCUUUAAUUUUAUAAUGUGAUUCCAAAUCACGUUGUUGGUUGAUAGUAGGAAUCUAAUUUUCUGGAGGAAUUAGAAAGCAAAUGGUUGGGAUUGAUUCUGACGAUGGAAGUCGACGGCGCCUACCGUCGUGGAUGCUGGGCGUUUCUUCUAAGGAUGAAGCAAUAAAACAACGUGAGAGAAGUGAAAAUAUCGAAAAAGUAGUGAAACCGAACACUCAGCCGAAAGAUACGAAAUCUCUGGUUUUUUUAAAAUGUGAAUCGAAGGAGCGAAAAAGAAAACGGAAGCAGCUAAAACCCAAGGAUGAUGCUUCAGAUGGCGAAAGAAUCAAUAGUUGUUCAAAUGGUAAUGAAUCGAAAAUUCCAUCUCCUCUUGAUGACGCUCAGGAUCUUACUGUGGAAGAUCUGAUAGCAAUUGCGGAAGAGUAUGUUAGAGGUGAUAACAGUAUGAGAAUACAGCAAUUAUCAAGCAAAGAAUCUGAAUUGAUCAGGGAAUCUACUGCCCCAGGAAAUCAAUUGGGAGAUUCUAAUAUCCUUGCUUUGGGUUCAUCUGAUCGUGAAAGAACUUUUGAUUCUGCUUUGAGUUUGACCAGCGAACAAAAAGUUCCGGCUGCCAGUGGAAUGGGGGAUCCUACCCAAGACAUGUUGGAUCUGUUUCUAGGUCCCUUGCUGAAGAAACCUGUACAGGAGAAGAGGACUGAAUUUAUUAAAAACGAUAUGGAGAUAGACUUUGAAUUUAGGAAAUCAAGACAGGAUGAUGUUGGGGAAGAAAUUGUUCCAUUGCAAAAGAAGAAGAGCAGUCUCAGAGAGAAGGUGUCACUGUUGCUUGACUAAGAAUCUUUUCAUAUGCUAAGCUUAGCCCAUACUGUGAAGUUAAAAGUAUAGAUAAUAGUUGUGGUUUGCUUCGUACAAGAGUGUUUGAUAAUUGAUUAGUUAUAAUCCUAAAAGCAUCCUUGCUGCAGCUUAUAAUCCUUGUACUUUUUUUGUUUCUAUUCAAGUAGCUGUGUAGUUAAUCAAUAGAUUUAUACACGCAAUUAGUUCAUCUGA